AACACUUCUUGAAAGAGGUCAAUUAGGUUAGUGAGUGAACUUUGAAGUAAUAUUGUUCGUCUCCCAACUUCCUCUCCUAUCUGCUGCUAUUUACAUAAUUAUCCUCCUCGAUCAUCAUCAUCAUCAUCAUCGGAAUAUUCAGCAAACCCCAUUUAUAUUAAAGAUGAAGAACAGAGCUUCGAUGUUCUUGAAGCAGCUCAUGUCUGUGUUGAGCUCGGUGGUGAAGGCCAAAUCCUUGGCUUUGAAGAACAAGACGAGCGCCAUGAAGAGUCGCCUCAUAAUCUUAUCUUUUUUGAAGAAUAAGAAGGUCUUGUUGUCUGCCAUCAAUCACAAGAUUAAUGCUUUGGUCGCUCAUCACCACCACCACCACCACCAAGGCAAUGAUCAUGACGUCGAACACGGGGGCGAUCAAAACAGCGGCAAUGCCAUUGUGCUCUACCAUGCUGUGCCCAACGAGUCGCAUCCGAGUUGUUCCGAGUUGGUGAAGGUGGGAGGAGAGGGGGACAUUGAUGGUCAUGAUCAGAAGGUGUACUACGACGACGACGACGACAAAUACCCGGAUCUGACGCACUCGUUGUUCGAGUCGGAGGAAGGGGAGGAUGAGCUGGAUCUGGGUGACCCGGUUGGAUCGGUGAUUGAUCUGGUGAGAAACCACCGCAACGAAGGCGGAGAGGAUUUUAAGCUUGAAGACCAGAUUGAUCAAGUUGCCGACCUGUUCAUCAUGAGAUUUCAUCGACAGAUGAAAAUGCAGAAGCAGGAGUCCUUCAAAAGGUAUCGAGAGAUGCUCGAGAGAAGCGUCUAGGAUUUUCUCUCUCUCUCUCGCUGUCCCUCUUUGAUCAUCUCAACUUCGAUGACAAACCUCAGCUUAAUAAUUACAUAAGUACGUAGCGCCGAGAUUGAAUAAAUCACUUAAUUAAUGAUAUUGUUGAUUCACGUUAAUCAUGAAGAGCAGAACAAGAUCAUUGAGGACGACGUCAGUCCUGCAGCUAGCCGCAGCCAGCAAUUGCUAUAUUAAUUAUUAAAUUUCCAGAACAAGAAAAGAAACAGUCUCUUCUUCGAUCGAGUAGUACUCCCCGCUACGAUUUUAACUUGCUUGGGAACUAAAGAGGAAGAAUUGCGAGUUGGGCUGGAUCCUGGAUGUGGGUGGUUUCAUAAUCUACGUAUGUGUCUGCUACUUCUACAAAUUAAUUUACUGGUUACUUCUUACUAGUAAAUUUGUGAAUACGGUAACCAAAGAUCAGUGGUUCGGGUUUCCAUGAAACCAGCCUGUAAUUCUAAAUUUUGUUGAUACUCUCAUGCCAUCUCCUCCUAUUGAUGUAUCAAUAUUCAAUACCACACAUUUCCAUAUAUGUACAGGCUCCAAAGCCUCGUAUUAUAUUUUGAAACUGUAGUUUUUUGUUGCAUUUCAGAUUAAUAAAAAUGUCAUGCAGUUCUUAUU